GGGGCAGCCCGGCAACCGGGGUAAUCAAACCAGCUUCAUCAUGUGACAGUUUCUUGCGUUUGUUUGUGAAUUUGACAUAAACCUGUACACUUUACUAGUCAGCGACAGUAACUUGGUGGCAGACGUAAAAGACCAUGAUCUGCUUCAGUGACUCCAGCAGUGACCCGGAUGAAGAGCUGCCGGUCAUUGACUUCCUCCAGAGGAAAGACCGGAGUCAACCGGUGAAGGAGCCGGUCAUUGUGGAUCUGGAGGAGUCAGAUGUAGAAGAUGUCCCUGCUGCAGACAGAGUCCAGGGAAGUGGUGGUCCUGGUAGAGCUGACGUGAUGAUGGUGAGCAGUGACUCUGAUGAUGAUACUCCUUAUGUCCCACUGGCACUGAGACUCAAACAGAGACAGGGGAAUGUGAUUAGUGCCCCCUCUGCUGUCAGCAGUGGGACGGAUGCCCAGAAGAAUCUGUCAAACUGUUCACAGAACACUUUUCCAGAACCAGAACUUUUACCAAGCUGCACUCAGUUGAGAAGUGGGAUCUGUGGAGCAUCCCUUGGCUCAGAGGAGGGCCAGGAUGAAGCUCAUCCAGGGCUGUCAUCAAAACCUUUCUGCAGCGCAGGCAGUGAUGACAACUCCCCUGCCAAGAAGAGACAUGCCAGGCGGACAGCAGAGGAGGUCCAGGCCUCCAGGGAGGAGGCAAUGAGGAGGAGACAGGCCCGGGAGCAGAAGCAGAGGGACAGGGAGGCACUGAAGCUGGAGCAGGAGAAACAGAAAGCUGAAAGGAAAGCUUUAGCAGAGGCUGCCAAAGCCAUGAGGCCAGAAGAAUGCAUCAAGCAUAUGGUGGUGGCUGUGGAUCCAGCUCUUCUGCAGCUAGAGGGAGGGGGCGCUCUGCUGUCCACUCUGCAGGAUCUGGGCUGCAGCUGUGCCAUAGAAAAACAAACAGUUCCUCGCAGUGUCGGCUGGUUGAGGAGGACGACGUGUACAGCACAGCCUGGUGAAGGUGUUUGUGAAGCAGAGCCUCAGGUGGUGAUGCAGAUGACGGUGGAGGAUUUCUGCUCACUGAUCCACAGCUCCGUCCAGCAGGAACGGUCGUCCAGACCAGAGUCCAGUCCCAGUCUGACGUCCUGGGUUGAAGACCAGCAGAAGAGAAACCCUGGAAAGAUCCUCAGUCUGGUGAUCAUUGACGUGGAGACGUACUUCAGAUCCCAGAAAAUACCGAACCAGAAAAAGUCUCGUGGAAAGACCGAGAGGAAAGGCAAGAGCAGCAGCUCCGAGACCCUUCCUGAGGUUUCACGGGUGGAGGUGGAGGAGGCACUGGUGCACCUGCAGCUUCACACCGGUGUCUCUGUACGAUUCCUGUCCACCUGGAAGGACUUUGCCGAUCACAUCGCCAUGACGACGAAAGCUGUGGCUGAAGCUCCGUUCAAGAGACAGCGAGCUGAGACUGUCUUCUCCUUCCACCUGGACACUGAGUGGUGUGGGGGUCAGCGGGUGGAGCGGUCAGGUCAGGGUCUGCUGCAGGUGUGGAGGAGACAGGUGCAGCAGCUGAACAGAGUCAGUGCAGACGUGGCCUCUGCUGUUGUAGCUGCUUAUCCUUCACCACAGCUGCUUAACAAGGCCUACAGUCGCUGUCAGUCGGAGCGGGAGAAGAUGCUGCUGCUCUCUGACCUGCUGAUCCGCCGAGGUGAAGGUCUGACCUCCACCACCAGGAAGGUGGGCCCAGAACUUUCCAAACGCCUCUAUCUUGUCAUGAACUCCUGUGACCCCGAGCAGUCUCUGGAGGCCACGUGACCUCUGACCUAACCUUUAUCAUGUAUCAUGUCAGAACUUUAGUGUUGUUGGUUCGAUUCUCUUCUUUUAUCAUGUUGAUAAAAUCAGUCAUUUCAUUUUCUACUUUAUUUGUAUCUUCUUCUCACAUCGGUUAGAUUCCAGACCCCAGGGUCCUGGACCAGAACCAGGAUGUGGGUCAGUUGGUCCUGGGUCACAGCGGGAAAAUAAAUAACAUUUUUAUUUGAUCAAUUAUCACUGUGGAGUCUUUUCAAAGUAAAAGUCUUGGUAGAGCUUCUAUAAAAGGUCACAGAGGUCACAGGAGAGCAGCCUUUAGUUUUAUCACCACAGCUGGUUGUCCGUCACCUGACGAACCCUCUCUGUUGACUGUUACGGUCACUUUGACCUUUGUGACCUUUAGACCUGAUUUAACAUCAGUCCGAUGGUUUCAUUUUCCACCUUUGGUGACUGGUCCCUGAGACCACAGUCUGACAUGGAGCUGGACUGUGGAGCAAAACGUUGUGACCUCUGAUCUUGACCUUUGUGAACUACACUUCCAGUCUGGUAAUAAAAACAGACACACUGGUCAGAUACUAAAAGUUCAAGUGUGAAGAACACCUGUGUAGCUUCAUUCAAUCUAUGUCACAGUGCCAUCUAGUGGUGACAAGAGAUUGUUGUAUAAGGUUUCUUUGGAUAAGCAAUUUUGUGUGACACGAUGAUACUAUUUACAUUCCAAAGUUAGCACCAGGAAUAUCAUUUUUUCUUCACCAUCUGCAUGUCAUGUACAUGUGUUUGGGUCAAAGGUCAUCAAAGAUGACAAUGAGCAGAAGAAAACAGGUGUAAAUGUCAACUCUGAUAACCACACACACACACACAUAUCCACCCACCCUGCUGAAGGAGUGUUUUCAUCAGAUGUUCACUGUGAGGUACUGGAGUGUGGGGUACUUAGAGGCCACAUUUACCCUGAUGUCACUGUAUCUGCACCAUUAAUGAGACGUGGUAUCAUUACAGCAGGAAAACAGCUGUCAUGAACCCACUGUGACCGCUGUAAACCUCUAAUGGAUGCAUUAAAAACUUGGAGUAUAAUUCAGUAAAGAGAUAAAAAUAAUCAGACUUUAUUAAAAGUAUUCGUCUGGUGUCACUUCAGAGGAUAUUCCCACUGGAGCGACUGUGAACCUCUCACUACGUUUUCAUGAAUUAAUAAUCUGAUGAAGUCUGCUUCACUUAGACAAACAAAGAUGUUCCAGUCAGUGACCAGAGUGUGGAGCAGCUGCUGGACUGGAGCUGAGGUCACAACCUUUUUACGCCUGUGACACACAGUACUCUCACUGGAAAUGAUGUUGAAACAAGUCUAAAGGUCUCAACUCAGUGACCAGCACCUGGGUUUGUCAGGUGACAAUUAGCUGAGGAGAUUGAACUGUUUUAAAAUCACUGAUUUUCUCUGUGGACUUUGGUCUGAACUAAAAUCACUGAUUUUCUCUGUGGACUUUGAGAGAUGAAGAAUAUAACAAAGUAAACAACUUAAAUCUGGAAAAAGUUCUUAGUGUUACAAUCUUCUAAUGGACACUGUAAGCAGAACUGGGCUCUCAUCUUUUGUGUACCAGUCAGACUCAUCUGCCCUACCCCUUGUGGCCAGCAGGUGGGU